AUGCUUCUUUGCUGGUGCAGUCUACCCAGAUUGGGUUCCCUUUGCAAAACAUCCCCCUUCCUGGAGAUGAUGAGGCCAUCGAAGCCCGGGCCAGGGCCUGACCUGGCAGGCACACACCUGGCCAGUGGCUCUGAGGUCCCCGGGGACCGAGUCCCCUGCGAGGGCAGGCUGCCCGAGGCCACGCCUGCCCACCUUCCCUACUCCAGGCCACCAGCUGGUGUCAGAUUGGGCCACCGGGAGAGAACAGGCCUAGGAGGGAAUGGAAGGCUGGCAGGGAGGCUGUCAUCCAGAAGCCUCCUCCCCAGAGGUCUCCAGGAGGAACCUGGCCCCACUGGGGGGCGGUGGUUUACUUUUCCCUUUUUUCUUCCUUUCUUUUGUCCUCUCGGCUGCCCACAGCCAGAAAGCCAGGACCACCCGAACUGGACAGGGAGCAGGGAGGGAGGAGUGGUCGCACGGAGCGUACCUGAUUCAACAGGAAAUCAGUUAUUUUCUAAAAGAGCCCCUACCAGAGCCUCCUGAACUCUGUGGGCACCACGUGCUGCUGUGAGCAUCUGCCCAGACAGUGACCCGCCACAGGCCCCGGGCGUCUGUGGAAGGAGUUUUGUAAAGGAAAAAAAACACACACACACAAACAUUUUUUCAAUGUAGCAAAAUCAAACUUAAAAAAAAAGAAGAAGAAAAGAAGAAGAUGCCGACAGUGCGGAGUCUAGCCUUUUGUAAACUUCAUAUUGCACACUAGGACUAUAAGCCAUUGCUAGCUCAUUUUGAAUUUUAACGUGUAAUUUUUGUUUUAUUUUCUUUCUGUGGGGAAACAAUGCUUGAUCCACCAAUGCUCUUUUUAAUGUUUUAUAACUAUGUAUGUGUAUAUAUAUAAAUAUCAAAUAAUAUGUAUGCACAUAUGUGUGUGUAUAUAUCUAUAUGUAUAUACAUAUAUAGAUAUAUAGAGAUAUAUAGAGAGGUUUUGAGACAAAAAAAAAUACAGAACGUGAAACCCGAACUGAACAGCGUGUGCUCUGAUUACUUGAAUCUGGUCUCCUCGGCACCUGGUUAUUAAGAACUGAAUAUUUUUCCACUUGAAUUUAGUGCUAUUAGAAAUUUAAUAUAUGUGUUUUAUUUAUUUGAUUUUUUUUUUUUUUUUGCAUGACUGAUGCAAGGUUUGACAUUUUCACUCAAUAAAAACUGGAAAAAAAUCUA